AGUUGUAUCUCGGCCAUUUUAGACAAGUGUCGUGGGUAUUAUAUUGUGUAUUAAAAAGUGUAUUUUUUUGUGAGAAAUUGUGUGUUUUAAAAUACAAUAACUGUAUUAUUAUAAAAUUAAUUAUUUGCUUAAGUGGUGUGGUGUAUAACGCCUAAAUCACCAAAAAAAUGAGUUACAUGCCAGCGCAAAAUCGUACAAUGUCUCAUAACAACCAGUAUAAUCCACCGGAUCUUCCACCGAUGGUUUCGUCAAAAGAACAAACUUUGAUGUGGCAGCAAAACUCUUACUUGAGUGAUUCUGGUAUUCAUUCGGGUGCUGUCACUCAAGUACCAUCAAUAUCCGGCAAGGAAGAUGAGGAAAUGGAAGGAGAUCCAUUAAUGUUUGACUUGGAUACUGGUUUUCCACAAAACUUUACUCAAGAUCAAGUUGAUGACAUGAAUCAACAAUUGAGUCAAACACGUUCACAACGUGUACGUGCAGCUAUGUUUCCAGAAACGCUUGAAGAAGGCAUCGAAAUUCCAUCAACACAGUUUGAUCCACAACAACCAACAGCUGUACAGCGUUUAUCAGAACCUUCACAAAUGUUGAAACAUGCCGUAGUCAACUUAAUCAAUUAUCAAGAUGAUGCUGAAUUGGCAACACGUGCUAUACCGGAAUUGAUUAAAUUACUUAACGAUGAGGAUCAAGUAGUCGUCUCUCAAGCAGCCAUGAUGGUACACCAAUUAUCGAAGAAAGAAGCUUCACGUCAUGCUAUAAUGAAUAGUCCACAAAUGGUGGCUGCCCUUGUCCGUGCUAUUUCCAAUAGCAAUGAUUUGGAAAGCACCAAAGCAGCCGUUGGCACUCUACACAAUUUAUCACAUCAUCGCCAAGGUCUUUUGGCUAUAUUCAAAAGUGGUGGCAUACCAGCUUUAGUGAAGUUAUUGUCUUCACCAGUUGAGAGCGUACUUUUCUAUGCCAUAACCACAUUACAUAAUUUGUUAUUGCAUCAGGAUGGCUCUAAGAUGGCCGUACGUUUAGCUGGCGGUUUACAGAAAAUGGUGACUUUAUUGCAACGCAAUAAUGUUAAGUUUUUGGCUAUUGUUACUGAUUGCUUACAAAUUUUGGCAUAUGGCAACCAAGAAAGUAAACUUAUUAUACUUGCUUCUGGUGGUCCGAACGAAUUGGUACGCAUCAUGCGUUCUUACGAUUACGAGAAAUUGCUUUGGACCACUUCUCGUGUACUUAAAGUACUCUCUGUGUGCUCCAGCAAUAAGCCAGCUAUUGUUGAUGCUGGUGGCAUGCAAGCAUUAGCUAUGCAUUUGGGAAAUCUUUCACCACGUCUUGUGCAAAAUUGUUUAUGGACUUUGCGUAAUCUUUCAGAUGCUGCUACUAAGGUGGAAGGCCUUGAGACGCUUUUGCAAUCCUUAGUACACGUACUUGCUUCUACUGAUGUGAAUGUUGUUACUUGUGCCGCUGGCAUUUUGUCAAACUUAACUUGCAAUAAUCAACGCAACAAAGCAACAGUUUGCCAAGCUGGUGGUGUAGAUGCACUUGUACGCACUAUUAUAAAUGCUGGUGAUCGCGAAGAAAUCACUGAGCCAGCAGUUUGCGCUCUACGUCAUUUGACAUCACGUCAUGUUGACUCCGAACCAGCACAGAAUGCAGUGCGUUUGAAUUAUGGUCUCUCAGUGAUUGUUAAAUUAUUACAUCCACCAUCAAGAUGGCCUUUAAUUAAGGCUGUUAUUGGUUUAAUACGCAAUUUGGCACUGUGCCCUGCAAACCAUGCACCACUACGAGAACAUGGCGCAAUACAUCAUUUGGUGCGCUUACUCAUGCGUGCAUUCCAGGAUACCGAACGUCAACGUUCGUCAGUAGCAACAACUGGCUCACAACAGCCGUCUGCAUAUGCCGAUGGCGUACGUAUGGAGGAGAUUGUCGAGGGUACGGUUGGUGCUUUACAUAUUUUGGCACGUGAGUCCCAUAAUCGCGCUUUAAUACGCCAACAGUCGGUUAUACCGAUAUUUGUACGUUUGCUAUUUAACGAAAUUGAGAAUAUACAGCGCGUUGCUGCUGGUGUACUUUGCGAAUUGGCAGCUGACAAAGAUGGAGCUGAAAUAAUAGAACAAGAGGGUGCUACCGGUCCUCUAACUGAUUUAUUGCAUUCACGAAACGAAGGCGUUGCUACAUAUGCAGCAGCCGUACUCUUCCGCAUGAGCGAAGAUAAACCACAAGAUUAUAAGAAACGUCUUUCGAUUGAAUUAACAAAUUCUUUGCUACGCGAAGAUAACAAUAUAUGGGGCAAUGCUGAUCUGGGUAUGGGCCCAGAUUUACAGGAUAUGCUUGGGCCUGAACAAGCAUAUGAAGGCUUAUAUGGGCAAGGCCCACCAAGUGUACACAGCUCACACGGCGGUCGAGCAUUCCAACAAGGAUAUGAUACUCUACCAAUAGAUUCAAUGCAAGGACUUGAAAUCAGCAGUCCAGUAGGUGGCGGCGGAGGUGGCGCACCACCAAGCGGAGCUCCAACAUCACCAUAUUCAAUGGAUAUGGACGUUGGGGAAAUUGAUGCUGGUGCAUUAAAUUUUGAUUUGGGCGCAAUGCCAACUCCACCAAAUGACAACAAUAAUUUGGCCGCUUGGUACGAUACUGAUUGUUAAAAUGUUCUAUUUUUAUUAUAAAAUAUACAUUUGCAAUCAAAUCAAACUUAUUAUUUAAGAAGUAAUUUAGAUGUCCAAUUAAUGGAACAACAGACAUUUACACUUUUAUUUCAAUUUUUCAUUAUUACAUUUUUAGUUAUAAAAUUUUAGUUUUAACACCAACAUGCUUUAUACAAACAUACAUAUUUUUAAACAUACAUAUAUUGCAAAUAAAUAUAUAAUACACAUAGUUUUUAUAAAAAAAAAAAAUUAUAAAAAUCAACACAUC